UUUGGUCUGGCAGAUGUUACCUCAGUGUGACGUGCCCCAGGAUAAGAAACCAGUACUGGAUUCAGAAUAAAACACCAACGCCGUUUUUUUCAUUUUCAAUUCUAAAUUAGAAACACCAGCUCGGGAGAAUAUAAUCGAUUUACUUUUUACCUGUUUGGAGUACUUCUAAUAUUUCUCUGAUUAGACGAUAAUAAGUGGUUUUCGUUGUAACAGCAUUGGGGCGCGAAGUCGCUUUAAGAAACAGGGACCGCCUCCGUUCGCGUAUCGACCCCUCAGGAUUCCGCAGAGUCGGGAAGGGGAAGGAAAAUAAAGCCUUUGGAAUUUACAACAAGGAUUGAGCAAAGUAGAUUUGUGGUCAGAAAAUCGGGGUGUUAUGAGGUUUAGUUACGUAGAGACACCUUCGAUGUAUCUACAGACUACCUGAACACGUUUUUUUUUUCUGGUUUAUAUGUAAUAUGUGUGUUUUUAGGCAGUUUUGUUGGGCGAUGUCUCGCUGACUAUUCUGGGAUGAACGAAGAAGAAAAGUGCAGCAGGGGAGUCCAGCACUGCUCUUUGUCAGGAAUUCCUCCAGUUUUAAGAAUGCACGAAUUUCACCCUAGAGAUCUCAAUGAAGAAUUGUUAAUCCACUCAAGCUGUAAAGGUCAUUCAUCUCAAAGCCAUGAUUCAGACAUUCAAAGAAGACGUUCAGCGAAGACUCUAAAUGGAUUUAUGGAGGCAGCAAUCAUGAUGACUCCAGAACAGAAGCUAAAUGAAUGUGAACAGAGGGCAAAAGCAUUUACUAAUCAGGGCAAUUCAUCUGCUGCUAUUCAAGAGUUGGUUCGUUGUGUGGCUCUGGCAAGGAUCACUUACGGUGAUGAGCACUGGCAGCUGGCUCAGGCACAUGCAAACCUGGCCCAAGGAUACCUGCAAUUCAAAGGACUUCCUCUGCAAGCAAAGCUGCACACAAAAAAAGCACAUUCUGUACUUUUAAAUUAUUUAAACCAAAUAGGCCAACAAGAAGAAUCAGAAGUGAUGAAAAGUCUCAUUUGUAUAUUCUUAACAGAGGCAGGAGCUGCCAUACAUUUAAUGGAUUUGAAAGAUGCUGAACAGAGUCUAGGAAAAGCCGAAAAACUGGUUGCUAAACUUCGAGAUCUUGAAGUUUUCACCAAAGAAGAAUUAACACAUAAGGAAAAGGAACUUGUCAUCAACUUUGCAAGGCUGUACCAGAAACGGGGCAAGCAGAGUGAGUCUUUAUCUUAUUAUGAGAAAGCACUUGAGCUGACUGAGGACUGUGAGGUAGAAUGUCAUCGGCGCACUGCGUUGUAUAAGGAGAUGGCCGUUCUGGAGCAAGAAAAUGGAAAUCUCCACAGAGCAGUAGAGCACCUCCAGCAGGCCUAUGACAUUGCAUUGAGCCAGUCUGCCACUGGGACUGAAGCAGCCGAUAUUGCCCAUUGUUUAGCAAAAGUCUGUUCAGCCUCUACAGAACCCUCUCACAAAGGUCGUGCCUCACAGUUUUUUGAGGAAAGCCUAAAAUCUUACAAAUGCAUCUUAGGGGCUGAAAAUAGCAAGUAUCUCGUGGUACAGGAUGACUUCUGCCACUUCCUUAUCUCCACUGGAGAAGCAGAGAAUGCUGCAAAAAUUCUGAAAAGGUCUUUAGAAACAAAGAAAUCCACAUUUGGUGAACUGAGUACUGAGGUGGCAGAAACAUACCAGCUGCUUGGAGCAGUUGAGCGCUCACUUGGAUUACAGAAGAAAGCUUAUAUCUCUCUUAACAAGUGCUUGCAGAUCCAGAUGCUACACUUUGGCCCCAGCCACAAAAAGACAAAAGACACACAGAAGACCAUUGAUUUUUUGUCCAAGUGUCCAGAGGUUGGCAUUGGACAACAGCGAUCAGAACACUCAAGAACCAGACCCCCAUUCAGCGCUGUGUUUCCGUCUUAUACUGUACGAGGAGUUAGCAGCAGCAUCUCCGACUGAAAUGUGAAAGAAAACAGAAAGCAAAUUUACAGUCAUCCAACGGACAAGAAUAACUAAAUGGAGGGCCUCUUGUUUUGGGCUUUCAAUGUAAUAUACAAUAAUCCCGGUGAAGGAAAGAGAAUGAGUCGGAAUCUCUCUGGUUUUUGGUCACGGGGGGGUACUCUUGUGGCAAAGAGCCCAGCAAGCAGUCGGAUCAAUUGCAUUGCAUAGAACUUUAUGAAGAAAACUUCCAUGAGAAAAACCCGAACAACUUUGAUGAGAACAGACCAUUCAGGCCCAACAAGCUUGCCAGUCGUGUUCACCUAAUUUUUCAAAAUAACAUCGACUCAAGAUUGUAAGGUCCAUAAAGUCCCGCUCUGACCUAUUGA